AGUGAUGAUGUCGCCAUCAAUAAGCUUAAAAAUCAGCUAAAAGAAAAGGAAUCGGAGUUGGCUUUCGUAAAAGAAAAGUUGGAAAUAUACCAAGAUAAAAUUAAGGAUAAGAAUGAUAUAAUAGAAGCCCUUAAAUCCUCCAAUAAUCUAUAUAAAUUGGAGUAUAAGGACAAGAUUAAUUCUCAGGCGGAACAAAUAAAAGCCCUCAAUGUGGAACUGUUUCAACGAUCGGGAAAAAGUCUUAAAAAUAUUAGUGACGACCAUGUGGAAGAAAAAAAACAGGAGAAUAAUAAACUUGAGGCUCCCUACAAGGCAAAAUUAAAGGAGAAAGACGACCAAAUUAUGUUUUUAGAGAUGGACUUGAGUUUGGCCAACUUAAAGAUUAAGGAAAAGGACGAUUUGUUAAAAAAUCAGGCGGAAUCUAUUGAAAAUUUUAAAACGAAGUCAAACUAA